AUGAAGUUCCAGAACACCGUUGCCGUGCUAGCCACGGCUGGCCUCGCCGCUGCCCACGGCCAUGGUCAUGGUCAUGCGCACAACCACAAGCGCGCCACCGAGACCGAGACCGUUUCAGUCCCUGGCCCCGUCGUCUACGAUUUCGUUGUGAUGGACCCUUCCAAGUCUGGCGCUCCUCAGUCUAUCAGCGUUGAUGACGCCUGCAAGGGUCUCGCCAACCACGAGCUCGAGUGGCUCGACGAUGCCGUCGCGGCUGCUUGCCCUUCCAGCAGCUCUAGCACUUCAACUGCCGCCCCGACCACAUCUACCGUCGCUCCUGCCAUCCUCCAGGAGGUGUCCGCUGUUAUCACACCUGCCAGCUCCACCACCACUGCGGCGCCCACAUCCACUACCACCAAGGCCGCUGCUACCAGCAGCUCCAGCAGCUCCGGUGCCAAGGGCCUCACCGCUGAUUUCCCUGACGGAGAGAUCGACUGCAGUGAAUUCCCCUCAGACUACGGUGCCGUGGCCCUUGACUACCUCGGCCUUGGUGGUUACUCCGGUAUCCAGUACGUCACUAUUCUCGACGAUUUGGUCAGCGACAUUGUGACCGCCUGGCCUACCACCCAGGGUGCCACCGGCCAGUCCGUUGGUGGUCUCCAGUGCAAGGGCGGCAAGCUUUACCUUACCAACAAGAGCCACAAGCAGCUUUGCAUUCCCGGCGUUGGUGGUGUUCACGUCAAGAACCAGAUGUCCGAGAACGUCGCUGUUUGCCGCACUGACUACCCCGGCACCGAGUCUGAGACCGUCCCUCUCGCGGCCUCUCCUGGUGUUACCCACGACCUGACUUGCCCUGACGGUGACACCUACUUCUUCUGGGAGGGUAAGGCUACCUCCGCUCAGUACUACGUUAACCCCAAGGGAGUUUCCGUUGAGAAGGGUUGCCAGUGGGGUGACGGCAGCGAGCCCAUCGGAAACUGGGCUCCCAUCAACCUUGGUGUCGGUUACACCAAGAGCGGCAAGUUCCUCUCCAUUUUCCCCAACGCCCCUACCACCGAUGAGCCUCUCGACUUCAACAUUAAGCUCGAAGGUGAUGACCUCAGCGAUGAGUGCCGUUACGAGAACGGCAAGUUCUAUGAUUCCAAGGGUCCCAUUCAGGGCAACAGUGGCUGCACAGUCGGUGUCACCUCCGGCAAGGCCUACUACGUCUUCUACGAAUAA